AUGGCGAGGUGGCACAGACUGCUCUUCAGUCUGAUUCUUCGAUGCAGUGCGGACUUCAGCAGCUCCGCGGCAAAUCAGCAGACAAUAUUUUUUGGCCAGCAGGGCCAGCAGACAAUGCAGUUCGGUCAGCAGGGCCAGCAGGGACUGCAAACGGUGCCUUUUGGCCAGCAGGGCCAGCAGCAGGCUGGACCAGGAGCCCAGGGUCAGGUGGAUCCGCUGCAGCCGCCUGGUGGCUCCUAUUCUUGGGGGCCCAAGAAGCCUUACUAUCAGUGGGGCCAGCAAGGCCAACAGAGCCAGACCCAAAGUCCGACAAUAAAUGUGGUCCACCAUGUCCUACUUCCCAACCCACCGGCGCCGCCUCCGACCACAUCUCCCUUCGUUGCAGGCCCUCCGUCUACGUUCCCGGCAACUACUCCAAUGCCCAGCGUUCCGCUUCAAUCGACUUCACCGGGUCCACUGCCAGCGGGCACAGAGGAGGUCCAGUGGAUGGAGGGUGUCCAUACGACCCCGCAGCCUCAGGACGACCUUGAACUUGAGCAGCCGCCUGUCCCACAGUUUACAGUGGAGAGCUUCCUGCCGAAGGGCACCCCGCUUGCAGGCUGCCACGGCUUCGAGGAGCAUUGGGCUCUUUGUACGGAGACGCCCUGCAGCGAUCUUGCUCAGCGCAUAGACUGUGCUUGGGGUGCGUGGGGGCAGUGGGAGUCCUUCGGAGGCUGUUCUGGUCUUGGUGUACGCAGCCGCAAGAUCUUCAGGAUGAACAGUGCAGGUGGGGCACCUUGCAGCGGUGUCAAGGAAGAGACGAUGCAGAUGGACAAGUACUUUGACAGUGAUUGUCUUAUGGGCAAUCGGGACUGCGAAUGGUCGCCAUGGACAGAUUGGAGCCACUGCGGCUGCGACGUUUGUGGCGAGGAUCGCAAAGCACAAACGGUAAGGGUGCGGCACAUCGCGAAUCAGGCAGAGAAGCAGGAAGUGACAGUGGCUGUGCACUGUACAAGCCCAUCCGCAUCCAAUUCUGUCCCUGUGAAGAAUGGACUGCAUACAUGCAGAGUAUGCCAUGCAAUGAAGAGAAUAGAAGAUAGUUUGUCUUAA